UUAUUUUUGCCAACAUAUUUGCUAUCCACAAUGGAUGAAAAGCAAUUCACUCCCGUUAACACAUAUGAGUACCAAGCUUUGGCAAAAAGCAAGUUGCCCAAAAUGAUCUACGAUUAUUAUGCUUCAGGAGCAGAUGAUCAGUACACACUAGAAGAUAACAUGGCAGGUUUUCGAAGAAUACGCUUGCGGCCGCGAGUUCUGGUGGAUAUUUCAGUACAAGAUAUCUCAACCACUCUAUUAGGUAUAUCGAGCAGCUUUCCACUUAUAAUUGCACCUGCUGCAAUGCAGAAAAUGGCUCAUCCUCAAGGAGAGAUAGCAGUAGCUCGAUCAGCAGCAAAAAACAAAGUGAUAAUGACAUUGUCGUCUUUAUCAACUUACAGCUUGGAAGAAGUCGCAGAAUCUUCGCCAACAGGUCCAAAAUGGUUCCAACUUUACAUAUAUAAAGAUCGCCUUGUAACCAGGAAAUUGGUAGAAAGGGCAGAAAAGGCAGGAUACAAGGCUCUGGUAUUGACCGUUGACGCCCAGAGACUGGGAAGACGUGAAGCUGAUAUCCAUAAUAAAUUCACGUUGCCACAACACUUGACGUUUGGAAACUUCAAGAACUGGACAGCAAGCGAUGAUAAAAUUCGAACAAAGAAAAGCCAAGGUUCCGGUAUAGAAUCCUAUUUUGCAACGUUGAUGGAUCCUUCUGUUACUUGGAAAGAUAUUGCAUGGCUUAAGACAAUAACAAAACUCCCUAUAAUACUCAAAGGAAUAACAACGGCCGAAGAUGCAGCAAAGGCAGUUGAAAGUGGAGUUGCUGCAAUUAUUGUGAGCAACCACGGAGCUCGUCAGCUAGACGGGAUGUUGGCAACCAUAGACUGUGUUGAAGAAGUAGUUGGAGCAGUUCGUUCUCUAAUACCAGUAUUCAUGGAUUCCGGAGUUAGGAGAGGCACCGAUAUUAUCAAAGCUCUGGCACUUGGAGCACAGGCUGUUUGUGUAGGAAGACCCAUACUCUGGGGAUUGGCUGUAAGUGGAGAAGAUGGAGUAGACGAUGUUAUAAAUCUCCUUCGCAACGAAUUUCACUUGGGAAUGGGUUUAGUUGGAUGUCGUUCGGUGAACGAAAUCCACCGUCGUAUGGUUAAACGUCAAAAUGAUUCUUGUUUAGGAGUCUCAAGGUCACCCAAAUACGACGAACGGCUUUCUCAACCAAUUGCCCGUCUCUAAAGAAAGUCCAUACACAGAGAAAACUUGCCAAUAAAACUAGAAUUAUCCUA